UAAUUCGCGAUUCGCGAUUGAAGAUUCAAUUUAGUGGGCUUUAAGUGAGUAACAGAGAUCUAGAUCUAAUAAUUUAAUAUUUGAGACUCGAACAAGUAUUCGAAUAAAUAAGUGUAUUUAUUGCUCUAAUUAGUCUGUGUAUUUGUCAAGUAUUUAUCUAGUCUGAGCAAGCGAGCUGAGAAAGACAAGGAGGGAGAAGAAAACGGAGACGAGUGAAGAAGGAGCAGGAGAGAGUGAGAGAGGGAAGAAAAGUGAAGUAGUAUCUUUGUCUCGGUCUUGCACACGUUCCACCCAGGGAGCAGUGUGAUGGUGUUUGUUGGUGUCGUGUGUCAGUGAGGGUAAAAAGGCACAGUUGCUGUAAUGGCCGCCGUGUCAUGAAAUGAAGGUGCCCAGCCAGUGUUGCGGUCCCAUAAUGGAGGAUAACUCCAGUUCAACUUCACAAAAUCACAAUGGACCAUUGUCGUCAGCUGGUGUUAAUGUAUCACCUUCAAAUGACAAACAUCAAAACAGUGAUAAUGCUAGUGGUAAUGGUAAUAAUAAAGAUCAACGACCACAGUACUCGAUGCCUGGAAUUCUACACUUCAUACAGCACGAGUGGGCUCGUUUUGAGCUUGACAGAUCCCAGUGGGAAUUAGACAGAGCUGAAUUUCAGGCUAGAAUAGCUUUUUUACAAGGAGAAAGAAAAGCUCAAGAGAAUUUGAAAAAUGAUUUAGUAAGAAGGAUAAAAAUGCUUGAGUAUGCUCUCAAACAAGAAAGGGCAAAAUACCAUGUAUUGAAAUAUGGAACGGAUAUUGGAAUCGAGGGGGAUGGAAAGCCGCCUCUAUACGAGGAGAGCACCACAGGUGAUGGAUCUGAAGGUGGUGGUGCUGAUGACGAGGCAUUCUUUUCAUCCGUCAGUAAUAUAUCAUGGCGACAAGGACGUCAGUUAUUACGAGAAUAUUUACAAGAAAUCGGAUACACUGACACAAUUAUUGAUGUAAGAUCAAAUCGAGUACGUUCAUUACUCGGUUUAAAUAAUAAUGCUGAUACCGAAGAGAUUCAUACACCGGCUAUAAAUGGUAACGAAACGGCAACAAAACGUGUGCGGUAUAAUACUAACUACAAACGAAGUGUAGCAGCAAAAAAGGUAGAGUUACACAUUUGUGAGGAACAGCAGCCAUCAUCAUUCACGGAAGCAAUAAUAUUCGACACAGAGGCAUCUGUGAUGGCUAACUUUGAAUUUCUCGCUCAUACUGACAUUGACGUGGAGGAAGAGGACGUCGAGAAUGAAGAUGAGUUGUACGAUCAAGACGUCAAAAAGCAGAAGCAGAAUAAGGAAUCGAUAAUGUUAGUCGAGGACGUCGAUGUCGAGGCUGAAGAAGUAUUCAAUGAAUUGAAUCUUCUUACAGAAACAGAAGAUCAAUUACAACCCAAACCGGCUAUGACAUUUCAUUCUAAUUAUAUCGCUCCAACAAAAUCAGAAGAGCGCCUUGCAGCAAUGGAGAGGCUCGGCGAUUUAGCCCAAUUGACAGUCAAUAAUGAUGCGGAAGUAACAUACGAUAUGUCAGCUGCGCCAAGAGAAAUAUUUAGAAAAACAUGGAACGCGAAGAACAUCUUACGUUCUCACUUUGAUUGCGUAAGAUCCCUCGUCUUCCACCCAACAGAUCCAGUACUGAUAACAGCGAGCGAUGACCACACUCUGAAAUUGUGGAAUCUGCAAAAAACAGUCCCAGCUAAAAAGUCAGCGUCUCUUGACGUCGAGCCGCUCUACACAUUCAGAUCGCACACAGGACCGGUGUUGUGCUUGGCAAUGUGUAACUCCGGGAAUCGCUGCUACAGUGGCGGACUUGACAGUAUGAUACACUGUUGGUCAGUACCUUCCGGUAAUAUUGAUCCCUACGACUCAUAUGAGCCCGGAGUACUCAGUCAGACGUUGACUGGACACACUGACGCUGUUUGGGGACUAAGUAUGUUCCAUCCACGGUCACAGUUGCUGUCUGUGAGUGCUGAUGGUACAGUUAAGCUGUGGAAUCCACAGAGCAAAGUACCAUUGCUUAAUACGUAUACUUCUGAACAAGAUGGCAUUCCAACAUCUGUAGAUUUUGUAAGAGAUGAACCACACAAAAUAGUAGUAGCUUACGAAGCUGCUUGUCUGAUAUUCGACGCUGAAACAGGAGCCGUUGUAUCGCGACUCGAGGGCAAUGGUACUAAAGGCAUUAAUCGCGUAGUAGCCCACCCACUACAAUCGCUAAUUGUUGCGGCUCACGAAGACAGACACAUUAGAUUUUAUGACCAUCGUAGUGCCAGCCUUGCACACGCUAUGGUCGCGCAUUUGGACGCCGUCACUAGUCUCGCUGUGGAUCCCCAUGGGCUCUAUUUACUAUCAGGCAGUCAUGAUUGCAGUAUAAGAUUAUGGAAUAUUGAUAACAAGACUUGUGUACAAGAAAUAACAGCACAUCGUAAGAAAUUCGAUGAAAGUAUUUUAGACGUUGCGUUUCAUCCAUCGUUACCGUUUAUCGCGAGCGCCGGAGCUGAUGCACUUGCUAAGGUAUUCGCGUAAGUGAUAUUUUAAAAAUAAAUAACUAAACAAACA